ACCUUCAAAAUCUGAAAUGAGUAAUCUUCUUGAGAUGUGCUCUAGCUUAAUGGAAACUGUCUUAAAUGAAAAAGAUCCUGACUACAAGCCUCCACAAUCUCUAAAGGAUUUGCAAAAAAAUGUUGAACAAACUAUUAACGUUCCAUUACAAACUAAAUAUGCUAAAUCAAUUAUAAGAAAUCCAAAUGAUCCAGAAUCGCUGCAUGUAACAUUUUCAACUGAAAGAAGUACACGAAAAAUCACUACACAAUAUAGUUUUAAUAUAAGCAGUAUGUUUCCUCCACAUUUAGUGCAGACAAAAAAUCUAGAUCAUCCGGAAACGGAUAGUAAAAGUCAACUAUAUAAUGUUGCUGCUUUCUUUAAUGUUGGAACUCCGGUUUGAUAAAAUUAUGAUUGGUUGUUAUUAACUUUAUGUAAUGUUAACCAAACUGUUGCUUCUAUUUACUA